UGAAGCCAAAGCGCCGCGCGGUGAGCAAGCCUGCCUCCACGACCUAUGUCUCGAACAGGGAGAGGCCUGCGCCUCCUCCACAAGCUCCUCCCCCGGAGGAGCCACAUUACACUGAGUUGAAGGGGGAAAGGUAUAUGGAGAGCCUUCGCCCUCCGCGUGGCGCGCACCCCUCGGUCGGCGAGUGGCCGCCGGACAAGCAGUGGCUGGAGAUGGGGGAGCAGAUGGUGAACAUGCGCGGGCUGGACAUGUUCACGAUCGUGGGCGAGUUCAGCGCCUGCUUGAUGCUCGGCAUUCAUCUGGGCGGAGAGGAUGAAGAGACGCAUCGGGUGUGGGCGGACGUGCAGCGCAACUGCGGCGACUGGGGACCCAGGAUCGUACGGAGCAUCGUCAAGAUGAAGAUGGGUGACGCAGACGAGCGGCAGCUCGGCGAUGCGGAGGCGUACCUGCUCACGCUAUUCGACCGCUCGCAGCACGGGCCUCAGUACCUCCGACGCUUUGCAGAGGAGCUUCGGCCGGCUGUGGAUUUCAUCCACUCGGAGCACCGCUGGAAGAGGAGGCGGCCGGUGCACCCGGCGGAUACGCCCGUCUGCUGGGCCUGGGACGCGUGGAUCAUGCACAACAAGUUCGACAAGGUCUGGCUGGUCGCCAUGGCCCUCCACGGCGUGUGCGGUCUCCUCGAGCACUACAAGCUGAAGACGCUCCAGGCAGAGCCGAAGACGUGCCUCCCUUUUGGCGGCGGCGCUGACUGCGCCGUCGACUUUGCGAACCCGGAGAGCGCGUGCAGAGAGUGGGUCUGCCUGCGGCCAUGCAUGCAUUGGAUCUGCCGGAACUGCGCCGACAGGUGGCAGCAGGAAAGGGGGGUGCUUCGCGUGUGCCCAAAGGGCAACUGCGCCGUCGAGUUUGCGACGGUACACCUUUCACGCCGGGCCCGCCCUCCGAGUUGAGCUCAUUUUUAGUUCCGAAAAAAGAGGUGUUAACGC